GGCUUAAGGGCCCAAGUGAGACUUGAUUUUUCACCUUCGCACGCAUCAGCUUCUUCCUGCCGCGCCGCCUCUGCAACUCCAAAGUUUUUCUUCAUCUUCGCUCCACCUUCCGUCGUUGACUGCUGCCGCUGCCGCUGCCGCCGUCGUCUCUGCCAAUACGACACACAAAGUCGGAAUUCCUUAUUUAACUUUGUAGGGUAGAAUUAUGAAAGUGAAAAAGCAGAGGAGGCACAGGAAGAUAGUGCGGUUCUACACAGCAUGCUAUGGGUUGAGACAGCCGUACAAGGUGCUAUGUGAUGUGAAUUUUGUGCAUCACCUCGUUGUCAAUCGCAUUACGCCUGCUGACAAGGCCCUCGCUAAUAUCCUGGGUGCCCCUGUCAUGCUUUUCACCACCAAAUGCGCCAUCAGUGAGUUGAAAAAGCAAGAUCUAAGACAUGUUCCUUCCCAUUCUCAGGCUCUUGAAGCUGCAGAGAGCCUCAUUAUUGCAAGGUGCGAUCAUGAGAGAGCCGUGAGUGCUGAUGAUUGCAUCAUGGAUAUUAUUGGUCAGAAUAAUCCCGAGCACUUCCUUGUUGCUACUCAGCAUGCCGAUCUUCGUGAGAAAAUUCUCAAGAUACCAGGUGUCCCAGCUAUAUAUGCUCUGAGAACCGCUCUUUUUCUUGAGUCCCCAUCUGCCGUUCAACGGCAGUUUGUCAAAACUUCUGAAGAACAACGCUUGCAUAUGACUGACUUGGAAUAUGAGAUGUUGACAAAGGGGACAAAAAAUAUGUCGACUACUCAUCAAGAAAAGGAUCGCUCUGAUGAAGAUGGUUUUGGAGAUCAGAACUUGGAAGUGCAGGCUGUAGCAAAGAAGCAUACUGCUAGGAAAGGAUUGGGUGUGAAGGAUAAAGUUCAGUUUAAGAGAAAGAAGGCAAAGGGUCCAAACCCCCUUUCGUGUAAGAAGAAAAAGACUUUGAAAAACCCAGAUCUUCAUUCAGUACAGGAAAGGAAGGAUGGAGAUGCUACUUUGAGGAGUCGUAAGAAGCGGAAUAGGUCGCGGAAAGGCAAAAGGCCUGUCGAGGCAGAUAGUUAAUGUUCCUUGGCUAAAAGUUUUGAAAUUUGGCUUUCAUUGGAUGACGGGUUGAAUGAGCACGCUGUACUUUGUUCAAUUUGGAGGGAGAUGAUAUUUUGGGUUAUAUUAGCUUAUUUGUGUCUCCUUCAAAGUUGGGAGUUAUUUUAGCAUAUUCAUGUUUCCUUCACAGCGAUAAUGAAGGGAGCUCGCUCACACAUGAAGCCAAAGUUAUGAUUUACAUUAAAAAAAAAUCAAAAGCAAGUGUACCCUUUUUGUUUUUUUUCAA